CCGCAAAGACAGGGACCAAUCAGCCGCCCUCGAGCUCUUAGCCAAUAGCAGAAAUGUUUGCAAAACUACCUGGGCGUGAUAAAAUAAAUGUGACUGUGUUACGGCUAUUAUGAUUGGGCGGGACGUUUAGAGUUGUGGAAGCCUUGCAAACACUGGCACAUUGAGAUGUAUAGCAGCCGGGGAGCUGCAGAACCCGGCACUGGCACGAAACUGCGGCACAGACAUAUGCCCUGAAUUAACUCCCUGAUAAAGAAAAAAAGGUCUGUAGUCCUUUUGAACGUUUUCUUGCAACCCAAAGUCUCCUGAUUCACAAAAUGGAUUGUGAUUCUGGCCCUAGUAAAGAUACCCAAACAGAGCUUGCUGAGAGAGUGGCUGCCAUAGAAGUGGAUGAAGACGCUCUGGAGCCAGACACUGUGUCUUCUGAUGAGAUGGACAGCCUGAAAAAUAAUGGCAUGAGUUCUGAAACAAGUGAAGAUGUGUUUCUUUCUUCUCAAGAUCAGAGGGACUUGAAUUGUUCACAAAGACCUGUGUCUCGUCCUACUCUAUCAAAAAGAAAAUUUUCCCUACAGGAACGACCCUCAGCGAGCUGCCUUCCAUCUCAUCAAGCAUAUGGCCCCUAUGCAACUGGUCCUGCAUCACACAUAUCUCCACGUAUUGUUCGAAGGCCAACAAUUGAAUCCAACCGUGUUUCCAUCUCUGAUGCUGAUGAUUGUGUCCAGCUGAAUCAAUACAAACUGCAGAGAGAAAUUGGCAAAGGCUCGUAUGGUGUUGUAAAAUUGGCCUACAAUCAAAGUGAUGACAAGUACUAUGCAAUGAAAGUUCUUUCAAAAAAGAGAUUAUUGAAACAGUAUGGGUUUCCACGCCGACCUCCCCCUAGAGGAUCAAAGACGGCAUCUGGAGACCAGACAAAGCCAAUGGCUCCGCUGGAGAGAGUUUAUCAGGAAAUAGCUAUUUUGAAAAAAUUGGAUCAUGUUAACAUUGUCAGAUUGGUUGAAGUGUUAGAUGAUCCAGCAGAAGACAAUCUUUAUAUGGUUUUUGACCUCCUGCGCAAAGGGCCAGUCAUGGAGGUUCCAAGCGAUCAUCCCUAUUCAGAAGAACAAGCUAGAAUAUACUUUAGGGACAUUGUCCUUGGCAUUGAAUACUUACAUUACCAGAAGAUUAUCCACCGGGACAUCAAACCAUCCAAUUUACUCCUGGGAGAUGAUGGUCACAUUAAAAUAGCUGACUUUGGAGUGAGCAAUCAGUUUGAAGGCAAUGAUGCCCUUCUGUCGAGUACGGCCGGGACUCCAGCUUUCAUGGCCCCUGAGACGCUUUCAGACUCUGGUCAAGGAUUCAGUGGAAAGGCGCUUGAUGUUUGGGCCAUGGGAGUUACUCUGUAUUGUUUUGUUUUUGGAAAGUGCCCUUUUAUGGAUGAGUACAUCUUGGUUCUCCAUAACAUAAUAAAGUAUAAACCUGUAGAGUUUCCAGAACAGCCUGCUGUAAGUGAUGAACUUAAAGACUUAAUAAUUAGAAUGCUGGAAAAAAAGCCUGAAGCAAGAAUAACAGUUCCUGAAAUAAAGGUUCAUCCUUGGGUAUCAAAGAAUGGGGAGGAUCCUUUACCCCUAGAAGAAGAGCACUGCUCCAUUGUGGAGGUGACAGAAGAAGAGGUUAAGAACUCUGUCAAGCUCAUUCCCAGUUUGACAACAGUGAUAUUAGUAAAAUCUAUGUUGAGGAAGCGCUCAUUCGGAAACCCAUUUGAAUGUACGAGAAGAGAAGAACGGUCCAUGUCUGCCCCAGGAAACCUAUUAAUGUGCCAGUUUAAAUCAUCUUUAAAAUUGCAUCCAUGUUUAAGAAAACAAGCAAGCGGAGAAGCAUUGAAGGACUCUGAGCUUCCUGAUGUGGAGGAAGAUGAUGGAGCUUCAUGAGUACUUGUUCGCACGUAUGGAUUAAAACUCACCUGCUGCUGUGGCUUGCUCAUAACAAUGUUGCACGGACUUGUAUGCCCAUGACCAUCAUGAACCAAAGCUUGUGGUCUGUAGAAAAGAAACAAAAAACACCACCAACACUUCGAAGGUUUUGUUUAAGGUUUACAUUUCUCUGGAGAAUGUUAUGUUAUGGAGAUGAUCUAAGAAACUUGUUCUAAAGGUAUUUGUCUGCAUGUAUGUGUAAAUAUGUGAAUGAACACAGAAAAACUGUGUGCCUCAUCUCCAUCUGUGCUUCUGCAUUACUACAGCCAGUGUAGCUUGAGGUUUGCUUGACCAAUGAAUGUUUAUUUAAUUUAUAUUCAAAGAACCAAAAGCUUUUACUGGAGACUUGGUUUCAGAUUCUAUAAUCUCAGCUUCUUGGCUAGUUUCUAGGGAAAGUUGUGUUCUAUAGAUGCUUCUGUAGUAUAAUACAAUUAUUUCUUUCUUAGGUAUUAGAAGUUUUAAAUUACUCUUAUACAGAAAACCAUGCUUGCUGCUGAGAUCAAUGUUUUCACUGUGUCAUACUAGUUAAUGUUCAAUUGCACAAUGCCUGCCAUGGGCAAGAGAAUAGGUUUGUGGCUCCAGUCUUGGCUAAGUUCUAGUUAACGGACCUACUGUUUACAUUCUCUGCAAGGGCUAUUUCUCUAGUCUACCUUUUGCCCCAACCUCAACAUAUUGUUAAUGUGUAUGCUCAUUGAAAUUCAUUGUAGACCAUGUUUACCAAAUAUAAAACAGGAAAAUUUCACAUAACCCUUCAUUGAAAGAGCCACAGUUCUAUAGCUGCCUGCAAUGUCCAUAUUGUGUAGGUGUGUUAAUUACUAAAUAUAACAGAGUAAUAUUAUUUUACCAGGCACAGAACGGUAACUUCAU